CGUUGAGCUGUGACACUGGAACGGGCAGUGACUUUGCUGCGUGUUCAGUGCUCAGCCGAGCCGUGCCGUGCCGUGCCACUGCCGUGCCGAGCCAUGCCGUGCCGUGCCGUGCCCCAUGGUGCCUCAGUGACAGUCGCGGUGCCGGUCGAGGCCGCGCUGCUCUAACCUCGCCCAUCGGGGGGCCGUGCGGGGCGCCGGCCGGCUGCGCGCACUGUCCAUGUGCGACGCGCCAGCGCCGGCCGCUGAGCCAGCUCCAGUGGGCAGCGGCGGCUCGGGACGGCAGCGGCGACGGCGGCGGCGAGCGACCCUGGACGUACAGAUAACCAGCCUGAAUUACUCGCGAGCGCAGCUGUCAGCGGCCGCAGAAGCCUGACCUCGUCACUGUCAGCUGGUGGACAGCUGCCUCUCCAGCAUGGUCAACACCAGCUCCAGCAUGUCCAACGUCAGCGCGCUGCUGGAGGCGGCCAGCUCCAGCGCGGCUCCGACGGCGUCCCAGCUGCCGCCGUACCAGUACCCCGAGUUCGGCGACAUCUGGCCAGAGUGGUGGCUGCAGAUCUCCGUCUACUCACUCAUCCUCUUCCUCAGCGUGCUCGGCAACGUGCUCGUCUUCGUCACCCUCAUCCAGAACACCAAGAUGCGCACGGUGACCAACGUCUACCUGCUGAACCUCAGUAUCGCCGACCUGCUCUGCGGCGUCUUCUGCAUGCCCUUCACACUCGUCGGAUCCAUACUGAAGAACUUCAUCUUCGGGAACGUCAUGUGCAAGAUUAUUCCGUUCCUCCAAGCCGUCUCUGUAUCCGUCUCGGCCUGGACGCUGGUGGCGAUGUCCGUGGAGCGGUAUUACGCCAUCUGCCACCCGCUGAGGUCGCGCUCCUGGCAGACCCGCAGCCACUCUCUGAGACUGAUCGGAGCCGUAUGGGCAGCCGGGCUGCUGGCGGCCUCCCCGACUCUCGUCCUCAGCUACCUGAUCCCGAUGCCGCAGCCAGGCCGCUUCAAGUGCCGUGAGCAGUGGCCGAGCCCGUGGCUGGAGAAGUGCUACAUGAUCUUCAUCGACCUGACCUACCUGGUGAUCCCGAUCGUGGCCAUGUUCGUGACGUUCGUGUCCAUCACGCGCACCCUGCGCCGCGUCAUGGAGGACGAGCAGGCCGGCCAGCAGCUCAUCGGCGCCACCCCGCCGUCUGCCCUGAACGGCAGCACCACCAAGAGCUCGAUGGGUCAGUCGCGCAAGGCCGGCUCCGACUCGACCCCUUCCCUGCGCCUGCGCCACAGCAAUGCCGAGCGCUCGCUGGCCAGCAAGCGGCGCGUCAUCAAGAUGCUGUUCGUGGUGGUGCUGGAGUUCUUCGUGUGCUGGACGCCCGUCUACGUCAUUAACACGGUGUCGCUGUACGACUUCCGGUCGGUGUACCGCGUCCUGGGCACCUCCGGCAUCAGCUGGUGCCAUCUGCUCAGCUACUGCUCGGCCUGCUGCAACCCCAUCACCUACUGCUUCAUGAACUCCGGCUUCCGACAGUCGUUCCUGGCCGCCUUCGGCUGCAGAAAGACGCCCUCCAGACACGACCCGAACCGAGCGACCACGCACGUGGCGCUGAGGUCCACAUCGUGUCAGGGAACGCGGCAGGACUCGGCCCCGCCGGCGGCGCGCAUCUAGUGGGGGCUCGGAUCUAUCUCUCCUGGCUUCACAGGAGACACUGUGUGAGAGUCGAGAGACAAUCGAUGAUAAGGACAUUUUUAUCAGAAUCGAUAGAAAUGUUCUGCGAGAGUAUCAGGGUAAGAGAGGCAGAAUCUCUAACCAGCCCAGCAGUCGAUAACCGGCGAACAGCCGCCAUCAGGGUGGUACUGGAGUGCCAGUGUGUGAACUGGCUGUGGAAGUGGGGCAGUGUGUUGCCAUGCGGCAUUAUGAAGUUAGGAACAGUAUUUGGGUCGGCUGCUCGCUGCGGUGAACUGUAGGGAUUUUGGUGACAGUGUGGAACGGUACAGCUGACGGUCCAUUUCCGCCCUACCGUGGUAAGGGCGACACGAUGUCAUGGUCGUGCUGCAGAGAGGAUUCCCAUGAACAAAGCCCGGCGGUCGUCCGGUGCGUAACGGCCGUGUGACGUUUCCUACGUGAUGUGAUGUGUUGUGAUGUGACGUCAUCCACGCUGGACCUUACGGCUGGGUGAGAGCGGUAACGGAGCGCGUCAUUGUCGAGUGACGCCGCUCGCUCCUGGAAUAGUGAUCUAUCGGAGCGAUCCGAUGGAGAUGCGACCUGAUGGAUUAUUGUUGAAUGUCGAUAUACCGAUGGGCAUGAGUUGUGAUGGGCAGGAGUUGUGACGUAAACUGUGCGCCGAGUGAGCCGAUACGAUAUCCGCGCGUGAUCGGCUUGUAAAUAUCGAGGGGAAAUCCAUCUGUUUCCCGCGGAGAGCGACAGCGCUAUUCUUACAAAAACAUUUUGGAUCUGACUUUUGUAUCUAUCGCUUAUCAUUACUUCAAUCAGCUUACGCCCAUGCCCUUACAUCUACGGACUUGACCCCUGACCUACUCCUACUCAAAGUGUAUGUCAUCAUGCUGUAGUUUCAUCUCACAUUUCAGCCUGCCUCCAGCCCCUGGCGGUUCAGAAGUUAGUGAUCUUCACGGCCUGUAUGUAGAGGUCCUUCGUUUUGGGCCGAGCGUAAGUCACCCUGUCCUAAUUGUCGUGCUUGUAUGUUAAAUAUUUAAUUGUAGUACGUCACACAUCUCCAUUGUCUGUUUAGAUUCACCGUUUGAGAGCUUCUUUUGGUGCACAAUGCGGAUGUUGCAGUUCCAGCCAUUCUGCAAUGAUGACUGUUGCGGCAUGGUAUCGAUCCGGCAGAAGCAUAUUUUUAGUCUGAUAUGUUGCAUGGUUUAAGAAAUAGUAACAACUUUGUAACCGUUGAUAAUAUCACUGAUAUUUACUUUCGAUAUUUUAGAACUUAUUGAUAUUUCAUGCGCAUAGAGGCUGAAGAAGGAAAAACGUCAAAAACAAUGGGCCUCUACAGUCCACAUCACCGGUGUGUGUAAUGAGAUAUCUCAUUUUUUGUGUUAAAUAUUUGUUUAUGUGUAAACGUGUACACUAUUCGAGAAGUAGUAACAUCGAUGGUUAAAUGUUAUAUGUUGAAUGUAGGCCGAUAUUACAUGUUUUGUUCCCUCGUGCGAAGCCGUCCCUUUUGUGUGUGUUUUUUUUCCUUUCGCCGGCAUCUUUCUUUGUGUUGUCCCUCAGGGCAGUCAAGUCGUCACGGCCAAUUUCACAGCUCAGCCGGCCAAGUAAUUUGGUCUGAGCUUUAUCGAUCUAGGCACGCUUCUGUGCGUGUUUUUCCGUGUUUUUAAAAAUUGUUGCUCUUGGCUUCCAUAACCUUUUUCAUUGACAUGUUUUGCAUUUAUCAGAACAUCUUUGUUUUCCUAAGAAUUUUAGCAUUUACUGUAAAGUCAAUUUAAAUACAAAUUUAGGGGGAAAAUACCUUCCAAUAAACACGCCUGCGGUUCGUACAAUCAUUGUGCGAACUUUGCGUUAUUCGUCGAUAAUUUUGAUCGAUAUAACCCUAUUCUAGUCGAUUAUUUGUGACCAAGCUAUUACGGAUGAAUCUGUAGGCUUAAAGAUGACCUAAUAAGUCAAUACAAAGUAUCCGACUGAGAAGCAACCACGAUACGGUGCGAGCCAAUGCACCAGAUACCUAACCUUGCUUAUGAACAAAUACGAUCCAGCAUAAAGCAAACAAUGCUUAGCUUGUUCGAUUUCCCUGUAAUUUGGGUGUAAAUUUUCAUUCCUUCAGCGUGCUCUAUCGUCACAAUUGCCCAGCGCAUGCAGUCAUCCACUCCGGUAGCCCUCACACAUCAAAACGGGGAGACUUGUGGUGAGGCCUACUGAUCUGGAUAGUUGCAGCUGCUGCCUUCCUUUCGGUUCCGGUUGGAGUGGAGCUCCCUGGACAGGACCAGAGUGGUGCCCCGUCCCCUCCGCGCCGCCGACCGCUGCGGUACAUACCCGUGUUAUCCCUGUCCUCGCGCUGAGCUGGUGUUCUGAGUGGAGCUCGGCGCGCCGCUGUCUCCGUGUGAGGCGUCCGGCCGUCGCGUUGGAUGGAUGAAGUGUCACCCGCCGCCCGCUGUCCGUGUUUUAUGUUGUAGACCACCCGCCGGUGUUGCGCAUUGUGCCCGCACUGAUCUUUGUGUGAAAAGUAAUAAAAAUACACACGUAUUUUCUA